GGUAGCGUAACAAAACCUCCCGUCGCAUUUUUUUUCGUAUGCAUUUUUCUAUGGCCAGCAUCUCCACCCCGCCAUUAUCUUGCCCACGUCGCCCAUGGCGUCCUCCUCGCCGCCGCACGCGAGUCCCGCUGCAGCCCAUGGCGUGCUCCUCGCCGCCGCACGUCGUGGAGGAUUUGCGCCCUUUCCUCCAACUCUUCAGCGACGGCUCGGUGAUCCGCUUCCCUGACCCGUUCCCUCCCCCGUCUCCGCCGCCCGACCAGCCCGUCGUCGAGUGGAAGGACGUGGUGUACGACGCCAGCCACAUGCUCAAGCUGCGCAUGUACAAGCCGGCAGACGCCUCCUCGGGGAAGAAGCUCCCGGUGCUCGUCUACUUCCACGGCGGCGGGUACAUACUGGGCAGCUUCGAGAAGCCCAACUUCCACGCCUGCUGCCUCCGCCUCGCCGGCGAGCUACCGGCUGUGGUCCUGUCCGUGGAUUACCGCCUCGCCCCGGAGCACCGCCUCCCCACGGCCUUCGACGACGCGGAGACUUCCCUUCGCUGGGUGCGCGGCCAGGCAGCGGCGGGCGAGAACGCCGACCCCUGGCUCGCGGAGUCGGCGGACUUCGGCAGGGCAUUCCUCUGCGGCGACUCGGCCGGCGGGAACAUCGUCCACCAUAUGGCCGUCCGCGCAGGGCUGGGCAGCCUCAGUCUCGACCCCGUGCGCGUCGCCGGGUGCGCCAUGCUCUGCCUGAUGUUCGGCGGGGUGCCGGAGUACGACAAGCUGUGGCGCCUGGCGCUGCCGUUGGGAUCCACCGCGAAGAGCCAGGACCACCCGCUGGCCAACCCGUUCGCGCCGGGGAGCCCGGCGCUGGACGGCGUCGCGCUUCCGCCGGUGCUGGUGCUGGUUGCCGGGCGCGACAAGCAGCGCGGUGCCACCGUGGACUACGUCGCUAGGCUGAAGGCCAUGGGGAAACCGGUGGAGCUCGUGGAGUUCGAGGAGCAGGGCCACGCGUUCUUCUACUAUGAGCCGUACGGCGAUGCAAGCAACGGUGUGGUCCGUGCCGUGAAGCGGUUUAUCUUGGCCGACGACGGCACCGUCUCCAACUGAUCUUUUAGGCCCGUUUUAUUCGGAUGUCCAUUUUGUUUUGUAGGUGUAGUAGAUGUACCCAUUAUUCAAAAAUAUAUUUUCAAAUGUUAAAAGAUAA